CGUUUUUUUCAAAUCGACAACUAGGGUUUCGGGUUUCCACGAUCAAAUCUUCGUCGCUCUCUCGUCAUAUUGAGGUUGGGGUUAGGGUUUUCAGCCGAGAAACAAAAGAGAGAGAAUGGGAGUUUACACUUUCGUGUGCAGAAGCUCAGGGGACGAGUGGACUGGGAAGCAGCUCUCCGGGGAUCUCGAGGCCUCGGCUCCCUCCACCUACGAUCUCCAAAGGAAGCUCGUCCAGACUGCCCUUUCCGUGGACUCCUCCAGCGGCGUCAGUACUUCUUUCUCAAUCAUCACUCCUUCCUCCGGCGUCUUCCAGGUUGUUAUCGGUGGUUCUGCUGUUGGUGGUGCAGUAGCUGCAACAGCAGCUCCAGGAGGUGGCUCAGCUCCUGCUGCUGAAGAGAAGAAGGAAGAGGAGAAGAAGCCAGAAAAGGAGGAGAGCGAGGACGAAGAUAUGGGAUUCUCUCUGUUUGAUUAGAGCCCCAUCUUUGUUGCUUUGAGUUGGCUAUUAUAUUUUCCUGCACAGUUACCUAUUUUAUUUUGAGAGGCUACUCCUACUAUUAGUUGAAAUUAUUACCACAACCGUCCAAUUUUAUCUACUGUCAUGACUUCUCUACAUCACCACUCAUCAGUAGAAAAUGCCUCCAAAUGUGCAGAAUUUAGGAAUUUUAACUGAUGUGCAUCUUCAAAGA